AUUAAAUCGGCAGAUAUUCAUAUCAUAUAUACGUAUAUAUUCCCAAUUUCGUACACUUCCAAUUCAGAACAACAACAACUUCUCGUCAGAUUCAAACUAUUCUUUAAUGCACAAACAGAAUCACUCCAGUUUGAAGCAAUAUUUUCAGAUUCAACCAAAGUACAGAAUGUUUUUCAGUUGAGGGUUUAUGAUCUUGGAAUCUUGAUCAUACCCAUAUGAAAAUGAGUGGAAAAAAUGAAGAAAGUAAAAAGUCUUUUAUUCAUAAAUUGUUGUCAAUGAGGAUGAAUAAUGGAGAUGAAGAAAAAGUGAUGAAAAUUUCUGAUGAUCCCACAGAAAUUCAAGUCGAAAGCGAGGUUGGUGUGUUCGGUUCAAUGGCAGGUAGUCAUGACUUGCAGUCCCUCAGGGUGUUUACGGCAACUUGGAAUGUAGGGGGGAAAUCUCCUUCUAGUGAUCUAAAUCUCGAUAAUCUUCUUCAAGUACAUUGUCAAUCUGAUAUAUACGUUCUAGGUUUUCAGGAAAUAGUCCCGUUGAACGCUGGAAACGUGUUAGCCAUAGAAGAUAACGGUACUGCGGCAAAAUGGUUAUCGUUAAUAAGCCAGUCGCUCAAUAAACCAUCGAAUAACGAUUGUUUUCCUCUAAAGAGAUCAACUACAAAUUUAAAUUCUUUCGAGAGGAGGUGUAGUGGCAGCGGCAGCUUAAUGUUCUUGCAAAGAACGUCCCUUAAAGCAGCCAGCAAAGCCUAUCGAUCAGAGAGCCGAAGAAGGUUUAAAAGUUGCAACUGCACCGUUAUCGAGGCUGAACGAAAGAGUUACGGUAGGGAUUCGUGUUUCGCGUGUCAAAAGUCACAGUCAAACGGGUUUGACGAUCCUUCGUCGUCUGAAGAAGAUGAUACAUUUAACACUAGUGCUGUGGCUGCUGACGUCAGCGUUACUGCGCCACCUGGCAAGAACCAACAUUUGAGAUAUAGUCUUAUAAAGAGCAAGCAAAUGGUGGGGAUUUUUGUUACGAUUUGGGUCAAAAAGGAGCUUGUUCCAUAUAUCGGUCACUUAAGAACUUCUUGCAUAAGUCGAGGGAUUUUGGGUUAUCUUGGGAAUAAGGGUUGUAUCUCGGUGAGCAUGACUUUCAAGCAAACAAGCUUUUGCUUUGUUUGCAGUCACUUAGCGUCAGGAGAAAAAGAAGGGGACGAGCUUCGUAGGAAUUUAGACGUUAUAGAAAUACUUAAAAGCACACAAUUUCCAAAGAUUUGUAGAACACCCAAUGCUAAGGUUCCGGAUAGAAUUCUAGACCACGACCGUGUCAUUUGGUUAGGGGACUUAAACUAUCGAAUAGCUCUUAGUUACCAUGAAACCAAGAAACUUCUAGAGCAGAAUGAUUGGGAUGCUCUUCUUAACAAGGAUCAGCUCAAGAUUGAACGAGAAGCUGGGAGAGUGUUUGCCGGCUGGAAAGAGGGGAAGAUCUUCUUUCCCCCGACUUACAAAUACUCCUACAAUUCAGAUUUGUAUGCUGGUGAUACCACAAAAUCGAAGAGCAAAAGGCGAACGCCAGCAUGGUGUGACAGAAUACUGUGGUAUGGGGAGGGGAUCCAUCAGAAGUCAUAUACUCGGUGGGAGUCACGGUUCUCUGACCACCGGCCCGUUUGUGCAACGUUUUUAAUAUUUUUACAUAACCAAAGGAGUUGAGAAGACCGAUUGUGGCUGCUUGCGAGUUUUGACCAGUCAAUGGAUGCAGCAAUGUAUGAUAUAACCAACUAUUAAGUUCCUGUAACUGUACAUAGCAGCAGCAUUCAAGCAAGUAUAUCGGAAGAUUUUUUUUUUAAAUAUUUGUUUAUGUAGUUGUAUCUCCAUUUCUUUUAACUGUUUAAAAAGCAAUUUACAUUUGACUUUUAUGAAGUCAACUCUGUUCAUUUUUGAAAAGGGUCAACCCUUAUUACAGACCUACUUUGGGAAAAUUACAAGAGCUCAAGGAGAACUAUCAGUAAUGUUACACUUAA